CCAAGGCCUCCCCGUACCUUCCUAGCUGUCUGUUGCGUCCUAAUUCUGUCGCGUGUCGUUCUCGUGUCGACUGUUUUCCCGCCACGGUUGCUACCGCCAAAAUGAACCGGGAGAGUUUCGCAGCCGGCGAGAGGCUGGUGUCGCCGGCUUACGUGCGACAGGGCUGUGAGGCCCGCCGCUCGCAUGAGCACCUCAUUCGGCUGCUUCUGGAGAAGGGCAAAUGUCCCGAGGAUGGUUGGGAUGAAAGUACACUGGAACUCUUUCUGCAUGAACUGGCAAUCAUGGAUAGCAACAACUUCCUGGGCAAUUGUGGUGUGGGAGAAAGGGAAGGGAGAGUGGCAUCGGCUUUAGUUGCUCGGCGUCAUUACAGGUUCAUUCAUGGAAUUGGACGAUCGGGUGAUAUUUCUGCUGUGCAACCAAAAGCGGCAGGUUCUAGCCUUUUGAACAAAAUUACCAAUUCUUUGGUCCUGGACAUCAUAAAGAUGGCUGGUGUCCAUACAGUGACAAGUUGCUUUGUAGUGCCUAUGGCAACUGGUAUGAGUCUAACUCUGUGUUUCUUGACAUUACGACACAAAAGACCAAAGGCAAAAUAUAUCAUAUGGCCGCGAAUAGACCAGAAGUCCUGCUUUAAAUCCAUGAUCACUGCAGGUUUUGAGCCCGUGGUGAUAGAGAACAUUUUAGAAGGUGAUGAGCUGCGCACAGACCUGAAAGCAGUGGAAGCUAAAAUCCAGGAACUUGGGCCUGAUAACGUGCUGUGUGUUCAUUCUACUACAUCCUGUUUUGCUCCAAGGGUACCUGAUAGAUUAGAAGAACUGGCUAUAAUUUGUGCUAAUUAUGGUGUUCCGCAUAUAGUCAACAAUGCUUAUGGAUUGCAGUCUUCAAAGUGUAUGCACCUCAUUCAGCAGGGGGCUCGGGUUGGUAGAAUAGACGCUUUCGUACAGAGCUUGGACAAAAAUUUUAUGGUUCCAGUAGGUGGCGCUAUAAUAGCUGGCUUUAAUGAUUCCUUCAUUCAGGAAAUCAGCAAGAUGUAUCCAGGAAGAGCUUCAGCUUCACCUUCUUUAGAUGUCCUUAUUACUUUAUUAUCACUUGGCUCAAAUGGCUAUAAGAAGCUAUUAAAGGAAAGAAAGGAAAUGUUUUCAUAUUUGUCCAUCCAACUAAAGAAGCUGUCAGAAGCCUACAAUGAAAGAUUGUUGCAUACACCUCAGAAUCCCAUAUCUUUAGCUGUGACACUUAAGACACUAGAUGAGCACCGUGACAAAGCUGUCACUCAGCUUGGCUCAAUGCUUUUUACCAGACAGGUUUCUGGAGCUAGAGUUGUGCCUCUUGGGUCUGUGCAAACCGUGAAUGGCUACACUUUCCGAGGCUUCAUGUCACAUACGAAUAAUUACCCCUGUGCUUACCUCAAUGCUGCAUCAGCCAUCGGAAUGAAGGCACAGGAUGUGGACUUGUUCAUAAAGAGACUGGACAAGUGUUUAACGACAAUAAGAAAGGAACAAAAUUGUGAGAGUGAUGUAUCUAGAGCUGACAAUGAUGAAACUGAAGAUGUGGAUAUUGAAGAAAUGGGUUUAAAACUAGAGAAUGUAAUUCUUGACACACCCCAGGAUUCUUCUUCAUGACAUGUUACGGGUUUCUUUUUGAUAAUUUGGAAGAAAUGAUGAGGUGACAGUAUAAGCAUAAGCAGUUUAAUAGACAGGACUUGAGAUUUUUGAAUUGAGAAUGUCAUGGAGAGUGUUUGGUCAGGGAAUAGAAUAUAGUCUGAUUUAGUCAUUGAUGGUUGUUACAUUUUUUUAUUCUUACACAGCCCCAAUCAUUAUGAUCCUUAACAUAUUAUAAUACACAAUUAGCAUUUUUUCUAAUUG